AUGUAUCCUGGUGAGCUGAAGGAACAGGAAAUCCGAGAAUUUCAGAUAAUCUCCAACGUUACUGUUCGUGUAUUAAUACAUAAUGUAACUGUGGCAAGUACAAAACACAGUCCAUUUGCGAUUAAAGUGGGUGCUAUUAUACAAUCAAGCUUCGAACAUGUUUUAUGGCUAGAUUCGGAUAACAUAGCAGUACGUGAUCCCGAAUAUCUUUUUGAUCUUUCCCAUUAUACUCACUCAACAGCAAUAUUCUGGCCAGAUUUUUGGACAGCACCCAAAAAAAAUGCAAUAUGGAAAAUUUUGGGCAUUCCGUGUAGAGCCGAAGACUACGAACAGGAGGCUGGACAAAUAUUAAUCAAUAAACGUUUAUCAUGGAGAGCUGUUAAUUUGGCAUUGUAUUUUAUGUCUGAUGAGAUAUUCCUCAAAGUUGCUCAUGGAGAUAAAGAUGCGUUCAGAUUUUCAUGGAAAGUUCUUAGUAGUCCUUUCUAUUUCGUUAGAAAAUUUGUGGCUCAGGCAGGAUAUGAUUAUGUAAAAUCAAUCGACAAAUUCAACUCAACGAAGACGAUAAAAUUCUGCGGUCAUACUAUGGUUCAACACGAUCCUGUAGGAGAAAUUUUGUUUUUGCAUGCCAACUUAAUAAAAACGUAUCCGUUGAUUAGUUUUCCAAGUGAAAAAAUACAUCAACCGUUGAAGAAAUAUGAAAAUCCCUGGCGUAUAUAUCGUCGUUAUGCCAACUCAGCUCCCUACCUAAGAUCACUUGGAUUUAUUGAAGAUGGUGUGUGGUGUAUGAGAUCUAUCACUGAUAAUGUUUUAUACCUACCUCCUCUUGUUGAAGAUGAUUUCCACAAUCAUGUUUCACCCAACAUAACAGCCCAAUACUUGUUAUACUUGAAUGGAAGCAUUAUUAAUUCUCGCGAAUAUGGUGUCAUUGACGUAUUGGACCGAAACUGGCAAGAAGUUCAAAAAGCGGUUUGA